CACAAGCCACCCACAACAAACAAUAAUGUGUCAGUGAGGGGACCUAUUUUCUUUCCCUCGUGUCACUAAAAUACAGCGUGCCUUCACAUCUUUCUUUUUAAAUUUGAUUUUACUCUCCUUUUAGGGGGGAUUGAGAACAACCUUCCACAUCAAAGUUAGACGAUAUGAAACUUCUUCAUUAAUCCAAGAGAAGCGUCACACCUUCACUUAUAUGUCGUGUUUAUCAGUUUCGCCCCACAUGCAAUACCCUUUGUUAUCCACAAGUAGAGCCACCUACACCAUCGCCUCCCUCCUCCUCUUUGUCAAACCACAACUCUCUGUUCAGAGGAAAGAAAAAAAACUCCAUCUCAUCUUCACUACAAGCCCAUGUAAAAGGGAAAACCCUGUCAAUCUGUCAUGUCUCUCAGAGAGAAGCAGCAUUUCGAGCAGAAUUUGGACACUGAAAUUGCAACACACACUGGAAUGGAGGGUCAGUCAAGGUGCUCUCAUAAGUACCUGCUGCUGCAGGUGUGGUGUGGUCUCCUCACUGUGGCCAUGGUGGUUAUGGCUGCAUUUCUCACUUCAAUCAAGCCAAAGUCACCUCAGCAUGAAGUCUCGACACUGAAGCCAGAUCCAGUCCAGCAAGUCAGUCCAGCAAUCAACCCGGCUUUGACUCCCUCAAAGUCAACAGGAUCUACGUUCUCAUACAUCCAGCUUAGCUGGUCUUCGGAAACUUCCUCCUGGCAAGGCUUAGACAGAUGUCAUUCGUGCGCCCUCCGCCUAGAAAACAACUCUGUCCGCUGCAACAAGGAUGGCCUCUACUUCUUCUACGCCCAGGUCGAAUUCAGCAACAACCGUGAGAAAAAAAAUCAGACCAAAUCUGUGACUUUUAAAAGAGAUGCCAGUCAUGGCAUUAGUAUGAGGAUACUGGUGGAUGCAUCCUUCCCAAAUACAACAGUGGGCUCAGUGUGGGUGGCUAAAGUUGUCAGCUUCAGAGAUGGAGAUAGUUUUAGAAUACAAAUCGAAGGUGAUUUUCAAAUAGAGGGCACCUUCUGGGGUCUGUAUGAGCUGCAUUAGCUGUGCAGAUCUCCAGGAUUUGUUAGUAUACAUGAGAGAUAAUAUGGGGUUGGACUCAGAAUCACAGCGAUUUUGUGAUUUGUACGUUACUGAAUCUUAUUUUUUGCAGGGUAGUAAACUUUCUAGUACAAUUUUUGUGGCCAACGUGAAACACUAAAAUGUUUUUUUUUUUUUAAAGAAAGCUCCAUCAGGCAGCAUGAGGAAGGUUUUAUCUACAGGUUUUACAGACAAAUCUUUAGACAAAAAGGUCACAUCUUCACGUUCUUUUGACGUUUGACAAAAAAAAACCAAAUCCAGUCUCUACUUUAAAAUUGUGUGUGGUGUUUGCUAACUGCAUUUAAAUGAAUGUAAUCUGUGACUGGGGGCAUGAAUGUUUGUUUUCACUGGUAUGUUACUGUUUAAUUUAUGAAAUAAAAACGCAUAUAACGGCGGUUUGAUUUGAUGAA